UUUAUCUGUUGACCAGCUAACGGCUGCAGGUCCUUGGGUGCUGCAGCUUGGCUGGAGGUGUGGCCCCCGCUUUCCAGGGGUUCCCUGUACCCACCAGCUUCCUCAGCCUCAGGAUCUCCUGCUUGUACCUGCUCAGAGAAACUAGGCAUAGUCACCACCGGGCUGUGGACAAGCCCUGCUGCUAGUGCCUGGGACUAAGGUCCUUGGGUCUUACCCAGCCCACCUCUAGAGCCCACCUGCCCAGGUGCUGGUCCACGUACUCUUGUAGCUCAGAAAGUUGCUCCUCAGCCAUCAUGGCUCGGACUAGAAGCUGUGCUCUCUCCCUUUCCAGCUCUGCCUGGAAUGGGGGAACAUAAGCCAUGAGCCUGGGCACAGUGUGAGGAGGGGCCUCUGGCCAGGCUUUGCCCACUACCUGGGUGCCACGGGAAAAGUCCUGUAGCUUCUGGCGGAUCUGGGCCCAGGAUGCAGCUUCCAGGCCCCUGUGAGGGGAGGAGGAGGGGUGGGCGUGAAAGGGGCAUGGACCCAGCUGUUGACCAAUGACCCUGCUCAAGUCAGGGCCCCUAGGUCCUUGAGGUGCCUGCUGGGAGCGAGUUUGGGACAGUAUAGGGCUGCUUUUCCACUAUGGGCCCUGUGAGGCUUGGAGUCAUCUGUGCAUGGGGGCAGCCACUGGCCACUCAGGGAAAGCUAAGCCACAAGGCCAGCUGGGACAGUGACCCCAGUGUCUGUAAGGAUGCUUAUGGGGGGGGCCUCCCCCCAUGCUGGGGGGUUUCCCAAGACCCCAGGCAGGCGACUUGUCCCAGCUUCUGCCCACUGCAGAAGGUGCAGAGGCAAAGGCUGUGAAGGUCACCAGGUAGCCUGCUCCUGCCUUGCCCUGGGGUCAAGACUUCUACCGUCCAUGCCACCACAGGUCUUCAGCUAUGGGUCCUCCGAGUCUCAGCUGAAGUGUCCUUUCUUCGGGGUCUCUCCCUGACCCUCCCAUUCAAGGGUAGCCCCCUCCCAUCCAGGAGGAUAGUCCCUCCUCUCUCCAGGCAGUUGGUUUUUCUGCAAUUGUUAGUAUCUCAUAAGCAGACCGAGACUCGAGAAUACAGAUGGGCCACCUUGUUCACUGCAGCAACCAGAACCCCUCUAAGCAGUUAGUUCAUAGGAUAAAUGAAUGGGUCUCCCCAGCACCCACACCAGGUACUCACUGUGGCUCUAAUGGGCCCCCCUGAGAGGCUUCACUGGGUUCUUUCUGUGGGAACAAGAGCAGCGGUUGCUGAAUGAGGCAGGCUGCUCAGAGGCCCUGGGGUUGGGGCUUUGCUGAGCCUGGGAUGGGUCCUGGGGUGAGUUGUGGGGCAGCAGGGAGGUGUCACCUGGGCCUGGAGCUUCUGGAGCUGCUUCUCCAGCCUAGCCUGGUCCUCCCUCAGGUGGCCGAAUUUGGUGACCGUGUGCAGGGGUGGCGGCUCCAUGUCUGAGGUGGCUGCACCAGAGGUAGCCUUGGGGGUCCUGGGUGCCCCGUUGGGAUCCACCAGCACCUGUUGCACACUAAGCCCCGCACCAGGUCACCUAGAGCCAUUCCACCCCAGGUGCCCAGCUCAGGGAGGGGCCCACCUCUGGGCAGCCAGCAGCUCCUCGUGCCUCCGGCUCAGAUCUGCCAGGCGCUUGCGGUAGGUGCGAGCAGCCCGGGCUAGCUGUUGCUCACGGCUGUGAUGCGCCCCCCGAAUGUCCUCCAGAGUGGUUUCCAGGAAUGUCCGAAGGGCUGUGGAUGCAGGCUUUGGGCCUGCACCAUCUGCAUACCCCUGGAGGAGAUAGGGCCGGGCUGGGGCGGGUCCACACCUCCCCCCAAUUCCCUCCAUGGAGCUGGUCUGACGACAGUAUGCUGGGUGGGCCUGAAGUCUCCAAGGUCAGAGUCUCUCUGAAGUGGUCUAGCACACCCAGGCCAGACUCGGGCUCCCCAGGACCAGAGGCCUCCCACUCAACACAGGGCCAACCGGCCCAGUGCUCACAGCCACGGCUCGGGCGCAGUGCUGCAGUCGGAUGGCGUACUCCUCGUUCAGCUUCUUGAGUUGCAGCUGCAGCCGGGCGUUCUCUGCUUCAGCCUGGUGGAGCUGGCCCUGGCAGGCAGACAAUACCUGGGGGUGGAGAUGGCCCUGAAUUUAUGUCCUGCAAGGUGGACCUUUGCUGAGCCAGACCUCAAAGCACGUAGGGGUGGGCCUCACCAAGGCUUGUGCAGCCAGUUGCUGCCCAGCUGUCUUGGCCUCCUCCUGGGCUCCCUGCAGCUGCCAGCCCAGGGCUGCCCUGCAGACAUGGGUAUGAGGCUUAGCCGGGCCCAGGGCAGGUGACUCCUUCUGCCCCUUAAGAACAGCUCCUUUGCUCACUGUGCCCUGCUGGGCCCUCCUGUCCCAGGUGAGGCAGUCACUCACACACGCGUCUCCAGUGCCUGCUGCCGAGCCCUGUGCUGCUCUGGCGCCCGAUUUACUUCUCCCUGCGGCUGUGGGGUACACAAGGGCUGGCUGGGUGAGAGCCCAAGCUCUGGGCCCCCUGCACUGCCCCACCUCCACCGUGGGCUGGGAGAAACUUCAACAGAUUCCCGGGCUAGGUGGCUGCACACUCACACCAUCCCCCAGUUUCUGCUGCUUGUUCUUAGGGGUCAGGAAGUCCUUGGGCUGUGCCUGCACAGAAGAGCCCGUCUCAGCCUCACUGUUCCCCUGCUGGACCCCUGUUUAGCUUCCACCCAUGCGCUCAUGGUGACCUGGAGUCUGUGGUGGUCGGAGUGUCCCUGCCCCCAGGCCUUGUGCCCAAGCUCCUGUGCCAGUGCCUGGCGGUGCCCCGGAUCAGCUUCUGCUGGGGCUGCCUGCUCUCCGUGCAGCUCUAGCUCCAGCACCCGGCUCUCCAGCCACAGGACCUGCGGGGUGACCAGGUCAUCAUCCAUCUGGGCAUCCACAGGGACACAGCACACACAGGACAGGCUGGCACACGUAGGCACACAUCAGUGCCCACCUCACUCUUCAGCUCGAAGAUUUCAGCCUCGUGUUGCUCCUUCAGGCGAUGGGUUUUGAUCUGCAGGUCCACCAGCUCCUUGCAGACCUGUGGAUGGCCAGGAUGAGAGGUGGGGCCUGUGGGGCCCUGGGGAUGCCCUCCCUCCUGCCAGUGCCCGAGGGCCCCCACACCCACCUGCAGCUGCUGCUCCUCACUCAGCUCUAGAUCUGAGGGAACCUCUGUCUCAAGGUUGGUGGCCCAAGUUGGGGCACCCCCAGGGACUCCUGGCAGCCAGGUCUCGGCCCGCGGCAGAACCUAGGGAGGCACCACCACUCAUCCCCCAGGUGCGUCUCAGACCUGGGCUGUGGCCUCCACUCUCAUGAAGCCACCAGCCAUCCACCCCCACACCCUCAGCCUGGCAGAGCUGGGGCAGGCCCUCCCACAGCCAGGAUCAGGCUGAGGUCCUGGGAGGACCUGCACCCCUCCUGGUCUCUGAGGGAACAGGGAGAAUCCCCGAGCCCAGAAGCAGCAGCGUCCUGGGAGGACUCACAUUCUUGGUGGCCCGAGGUGGGGCCCCUGACCUGGGGCCUGGGGCUGCCACAUACUCCAUAGGCAAAAAGGACUCUGGGCUGCCCCAAGCCCGGUGCCGCCUCGACUACUGGCCUGUUGCUGCAACACAGUGGUUUGUGUUGCCGAGGCCUCUGUUGUCCCCAGGAGACUCCCGGGGCCCCGCCCACGAGGGCAGGCAGGACAGUUCAGUCGUUGGGGAGGUGGGUGCGAACUCUCAACUUCUUCCAUAUUUUGCGAUCCAUUCUUUCCGGCUUCCUUUUCCUCAUCUGGGAAACGCAGAUCGGCACCCCAGCAUUUAUCAGGGACGCGGAUGGAACCACGAGUGCAUAGAAGGGCUCAGCCUGGGGACGUGUGGGACAGCGCGCAUGGUAUGGAGAUGCCGCUGCUGUUACUGUUGUCCUCACACAGCGCGCUUUGCUCUACCAUGUGGGUUCGCACACUCAUUAGGCCCCUACGCUGAGCGCUGGACGGGCAGGCAAACUGGACAGAUCCCUGCACCCCUCAGCCUGACGGAAGCGGGCUCAGACGUCCCAAUCCGGGUCCGGGGUACUCAGCAGGACUGUCUCAGCCCGGUGCCAGGAGGGCUUCGCGGAGGAGGCGCCGCAGCGCCGGGCGCGACUGGCCAGACGUGCGCACAGCCCCGUUCGGGCACGCACGCGCUCCCUCCCGCGCACGCGCGUGCUCCGUGCACCGUGCUCAGGUCUCCGCGCGCGCAGGUUCCAGGCCGGCCCGGCUGGCGGGCGCCUCAGCGGCGCGGGCCGUUAGCGGCGGCCCGAGUGAGCGGCGCGCUCCGUCCAGGCCCCGUGACAGGCGCCCGAGGCCCGCCUCUGUCCGGCUGUCCUUCAGGCAGUCCUUGCGACCAGGUGGCGCAGCCUGCGGGGCCCUGCCUAGGGUCUGGAGAGGGUAGUCCCACCCUGAGGAAGGGGCUCAGGAGGCGCGGGGUGGCUGAGCUCUGCGACCAUGAAGGUCAAAGUCAUCCCUGUGCUUGAGGACAACUACAUGUACCUGGUCAUCGAGGAGCACACGCGGGAGGCUGUGGCCGUGGACGUGGCCGUGCCCAAAAGGGCCCAUCCCCUGCCUGGGGCACUGUGCACCCGGGCCUGGCGCCCCAACACAGGCAGCCACCUGGACCAUCUGCAUCUCCCUAACUCCCAUCCCUUUCAGCUGCUGGAGAUCGUGGGCCGGGAGGGGGUAUCACUCACCACUGUGCUGACCACCCAUCACCACUGGGACCACGCCCGGGGCAACACGGAGCUGGUGAGGCUGCUGCCUGGCCUGGUGGUGCUGGGCGCAGAUGAGCGCAUCUGUGCACUGACCCGCAGGCUGGCACAUGGCGAGGAGCUGCGGUUUGGGGCCAUCCACGUGCGCUGCCUCCUGACGCCCGGCCACACCUCGGGCCACAUGAGCUACUUCCUGUGGGAAGAUGAGUGUCUGGACCCGCCCGCCGUGUUCUCGGGGGACGCAUUGUCUGUGGCCGGCUGUGGCUCAUGCCUGGAGACCACAGCUCAGCAGAUGUACCACAGCUUGGUGGAGACCCUGGGCACCCUGCCUCCUGAAACAGUGUUCUGUGGUCACGAGCACACACUGGGCAACCUCGAGUUUGCACAAAAAGUGGAGCCUUGCAACAACCACGUGAAGGCCAAGCUAUCGUGGGCCAAGAAGAGGGAUGAGGAUGAUGUGCCCACUGUGCCCUCAACCCUGGGCGAGGAGCUCCUUUACAACCCCUUCCUGAGGGUGGCAGAGGAGCCUGUGUGCAAGUUCACAGGGAAGGUCGCCCCAGCUGAAGUCCUGGAAGUGCUCUGCAGGGAGCGAGCGAGCUUUGAGCAGGCAGCUGAGCCGCUACAGCCACAGGCCCGGGCACUCCUUGCGCUGCAGUGGGGGCUCCUGAGCAUGCCCCGGCCGAAGUGAGCCCUACGUGGGCUGGGCCACACGCCCCUCCUCCCUUGGCCCACAGGAGGAUCGAGCCUUCCUCAGCCCUGCCCAGCCUUAGAGGGUGGGCGCCCUGGCCUUUCCUGGUGUUGGACACCUGGGGCCCCUCUCUGGGCCACAGUGAGCCCUGAGACCUGGGUGUUUGCGAACUAGCCUAGUGGGGUGCACAGGGCUCCUGAACUUUGAAUAAAGCUUUGAAAGGCCUCUUUUUUGAUGCUGAUAAACACUCUUGAAGAGAAGCCGGUUUCAGAGAGAGUUCCCUUUACUAGAAGUGAGCUUCUCGGGGCCAGGCCUGGUGGGCUGAAUGCAAUCUGCCCUCCCCCUGCUCCUUAAGUGGGGGUCCAGCUGUGGACACAGGACUCAGCCAGAGAGACCACUGAGGCCUGAUAGCAAGAGUCCUUCCCACCUGGACUCAGCCCCCAAGACACAGGUUCUCAAGCCCCAGAGACCGCAGCUUCGUCGAACACCUGGUUCUAGGUGGAGGGAGCACCCAUCCCCAGCUGGGGUCAUGGGCCAGGUGCCUGUCUCCUGCCAGUGUCCUCUGCUGCCCAGUGUGGCAGGGUUCCCCAAGCUCUGCUGUGAG